AUGGAUACAAAUAAUUUAAAAAGCAUAAAUGAUAUCGAAAAAGUUAAAACCCAACAACCACAAGAUUUAUUUUUAAAGGUGUGGAGAAACAAGUUCCUCAAUUCUAAAAUUAUUCAAACCACAAGAUUAUUAAAAGAUUUUUCAAAUUGUUGUGUUAAAAUUACUGAAAUUGAUGACCACCCUUAUAAAGAAUACAUUACAAAAAUACACUAUAACAUCGAUGAACCAUUAUCACUACAUCAAAUUCCUUCAAGUUGCACUGAGUUAUAUUUCGAUGCAAAUUUUAAUCAAGAUAUUAGUCAUUUAAAGUCAUUGGUGAAUCACUAUAAUAAACCACUCGAUGAAGGUGAUAUACCAGACCAUAUACAACAAUUAGAUUUCCUCCAUUUUAAUCAAACUUUAACAGAAAAAUCACUUCCAUCUUCAUUAUUAUUACUCGACCUUGGCGCUUUCUUUAACCAACCACUAUCAACACCAUUACCAAAUGGUCUUUUAGAGUUGACAUUAGGUUAUAAUUUUAACCAGCCCAUCUCAAAAGGUAUUUUACCAUCAACAAUAGUAAAAAUUGAAAUUGGUACUUCCUUUUACCAAGAAUUAUUACCAGGUGUAAUUCCAUCAAGUGUUACCUAUUUGAAUUUUAAAAAAAGUCAGUUUAAUAAACCUUUAUCCGUUGGUUCAAUUCCCAAUUCAGUAAAAUACCUUUUUCUUGGUGAUAGCUACAACCAUCCUUUAACUAAAAAUAUAAUACCAGAUUCAGUGAAAACGUUAAGAUUAAGCAAACAAUUUAAUCAUAUUCUAUCAGAAAACUUUAUUCCUUCAAGUUGCACAGAAUUGAUAUUCCAAAACGAUUUUUACAAACCAAUUGGUGUUUUACCAAAUACUAUAAAAUACUUAAAAUUUAAAGGAGAUUUUAAACAAAGAAUACUUCCAAGAUCAAUCCCAAACUCAGUCACUACUUUGAUAUUUGUUAAAGCAUUUAACCAUCCUCUAAGAAAAAAUACAAUACCAAAAUCAGUAAAAAAGUUAUCAAUAGGCAGUCAUUGGUUCCAGAUCGAAUGGGAUUCACUUCCAUCAUCAAUUAAAACCUUAUCCCUCUCAGAAAAUUUUAACAGCACAAUUAAACCUCAAUCAAUUCCAGAAUCGGUUAAAGUAUUGGAUUUGGGUGGAUUUAGAGGCCCAUUAGUAGAAUCGAUUUUCCCAUCAUCAAUUGAACAUUUGACAUUUGGUGAGUAUUUCAACCAGCCACUACUUAAAGGUUCUAUACCAGAUAAAUGCAAAGUUUUAGACCUAUCCAAAGGGGUAUUUAACCAUCCAAUAGAAGCCGGUGUAUUACCCAAUUCUCUCACAUCAUUAUCAUUUGGUAAAUAUUUCUACCAAACAACCUUAACAAAAUCCUCAAUUCCAUCAUCAGUUAUUCAUUUAACAUUUAGAAAUGAAAAAAUGAGGAAAUUUUACGAAUCAUCAGAUUAA